AUGGAGAAGACCCACCUGAUUCGGUGUCUAGCGAUCAACCCACAUGCCCUCUAUGUAACCUACAGGAGGAAAUCUGGCGAAGCACCUUCACAGAUUAGGAGAGAAAAUGGAGAAGACCCACCUGAUUCGGUGUUCAAAGGAGGAAAUGGAGAAGACCCACCUGAUUCGGUGUCUAGCGGAGGAAAUGGUGAUGACCCACCUGAUUCGGUGUCCAGCUCUAAAGACAACGCAGACCCACCUGAUUCGGUGUCCAGCUCUAAAGACAAGGACAUGGAGUCUGAUUGAGGAAAUGGAGAAGUCCCACCUGUCUAUGUGACCUACAGGAGGAAACGGAGAAGACCCACCAUAUGUAACCUACAUGAGGAAAUGGAGAAGACCCAUCUGAUUGUGAAACCUACAGGAGGAAAUGGAGAAGACCCAUCUGAUUCUCUACAGGAGAAAAUGGAGAAGACCCACCUGAUUCGGUGUUCAAAGGAGGAAAUGGAGAAGACCCACCUGAUUCGGUGUCUAGCCGGAGAAGACCCACCUGAUUCGGUGUCCAGCCCUAGAGACAAGAAACCCACAUGCCCUCUA